AUGGGGAAUGUGAUGGGUGCAUUAUUAUCAGGUAUUGGUGAUAUUGUGGGCAAAUUGCUUGGUCAUCCACUUGAUUUUUUGUCUGGAAAGGCUUGUAGUACAGCAUGUGCCCCAACAUGGGAUUUUCUUUGUUAUAUAGAGAAUUUUUGCAUUCCUCAACUGAUGAAAUCGGCCAUGGUCUCAAUCUUAUUAUACUUUGUUUUCUUGUUCUUCUACUUGCUUUACAAGUUGGGAAUUUGUCGGUGCAUUUGUCACAUACUGUGUAGAACUAGUUGGGCUUGCUUCUACACUUGCGUCUCUGCCUUAGAAUGCUGUUGUACUUGCCUUUGUUUCAACCUUCAGAAACUUCUUCUUACACCUAGGCAUAAUAGAAGAAGAAGAAGACAUGAAAAAGACAUUGAAGGAGCACUUGUUGAUAUUUCUAGCAAUUCUAGUGAAGCACAAAAGUCUAUUAAAUUUUAUGACACACAAAAAAGAAAAUCAAUGAGAGAACACAGAAAAGAACAUAUGAGAAAGUCUUUGAGGCCAAAGAGUCAUCGGAUGCAAGUCCAAAUUGUUAAUGAUUCAAUCCAUCACAAGAAGAAGAACAAGUUCAAAAAUGGCCCUAUUGAUGACCACAUUCGAGUGAGUAGAAGAACAAAAUUUGCACAAAAGGGAACAUUCGUGAAGGGUUCAACACGUCCACGAAGGAGAACAUAA